AUGAACAUUAGUAAUAACUUGAAACAACUUCGGUUCAUGAAGAAGCCAGUUGCCCAAGAGAAGAAAGAAAGAGAAACUCUUGGGACUUGGUUACUUCAGGAAAGAGCUGCGAACGCUAAAAAGAACCCUCACAAGAAAGAGUGCAAUAGAUAG